UCAAAGAUAGCUAUAAGCGUAUUGGCAACAUGCGUAAUUGUUUCUGUUUAUUUUGAUUUUGGCGCGGGUAACUUCAUUGAGUUUUGAGGUUUUAUUCGUUCAAAAUACGUUCGGUUAAAACUUAUCUCAAAUCAAAACCGAAUAUUGAAAAUGAUUCUUACAAAAAAUGAUAUGUUUCAUAACUGUGAGAUUAGAGUAUAUGAUAGACCUUCCUACAAGUUCGAAAAUUUAUGUCAUAAAUAUAUUAACCGUGAUCGGUCUUUUGAUAGACAAUUUGCAGUUUCUUAUACUGCAAGACUUAAAUGCUCUCUUCCUCUACUGCAAAAGCAGGUGAAGAAUAAGUGGGGUUCAUCAUCAAAUGUAAAACAAUUAAGUGAUAUUUUGGCAGAUGAGCAUGUGAUUGUGAUAGGUACAAUAUUUAAAAUGAUGGAGCUACAUCCUACUAUAUUAAAGGAAAUAAGUGAAGAGCAUAACAUGAUACCACAACCUGUAACAGAACACUAUACUAGUGAUGACGAUUAUGUUAUAUUAGAAGAUGAUACACAACGAGUUAUGCUGUGUGGAAAUAUUGAUCCUCAUGCUUUUGUUACUGGGGUAAACAUAGCUGUUUCUGGUUACACAGAAGAAAGUGGAAAAUUUUUUGUUGAAGAUGUUUGCCACCCAUUUGUAGCUAAUCCCUUGAGUUAUCCUGUUUUCACAGAUGAUAAGUAUGUGCUAUUUAUCUCUGGACUUUGUUUUUCAAAUGCAAAUGUCACUUUUCCCUUGCAAACUUUAAUUGAUUUAAUUAAUGGAAGCCUGGGAAGUUCUCCGGAUCACGAAAAGUUUUCUAAACUUGUUCGAGUUAUAAUUGCUGGAAAUAGUAUUGGCCAAAGCUUGAAAGAUGCCCAUAAAACGAAUAUUUUAACCCGGAAAUCUAAAGCAUCAACAAUUGAAAGUGUAAAGCUAAUGGAUGAUUUUCUUGUUCAAUUAGCUACAUCUGUGGAUGUUGAUUUAAUGCCCGGAGAAUCAGAUCCUACAAAUCAUUUAAUGCCUCAACAGUCUUUCCAUCCUUGUAUGUUUCCCAGAUCUUCUGCUUAUUCUACUUUUCAUGUUGUGACAAACCCAUAUGAAGCCUGUAUAGAUGGUGUCAAACUCCUGGGAACUUCUGGCCAAAAUAUAAAAGAUAUCCAGUCUUAUAGCAGUUUCUCAGAUACUCUGGAUAUAAUGCAUAAGAAUUUAGAUUGGGGUCAUUUACUACCUACAGCACCUGACACAUUGAAUUGUUAUCCAUUUCCUGACAAGGAUCCUUUUAUUAUUACUGAAUGUCCUCACAUUUAUUUUUCUGGGAAUGCUUCCAAAAUAGCAAAAAGGUCCUAUGAUGAUAAGAAUGUGAUGAUGAUAUCUAUUCCCAAGUUUGUAGAUACAUUUUCUUGUUUGCUUUUAAACUUAAAGACUUUAGAAGUAGAACCACUGGUAGUUGGAGAAAUGGCUUUGUAAUUCUAGAAAAUGUUUGAAGUUUUUGUAACUUAUAUUUAUAUAUUUGCUUUUUUAAUAAACAUGUUAUUGUAGUGUUA